GGCCUUCUGCAUCAGUCUACCUCCCAGACAGACCAACCUCAACCAACCGCCAAGAUGAUGAGACUCGUGAUCUUCGCUAUGAUCCUUGCCUGUGCCCUUGCCGCCGGCUACGGCAGCUACGGCUACAGACGCGGCUACGGUGCCGGAUACGGCUAUGCUGACGCAGGAUACGGCUACGGCAAGGUCCACGCCUACGGCAACUAUGCUGGAUACGGCUAUGGCGGUUAUGGAUAUGGAAGAGGCUAUGGUGGUUAUGGCUAUGGAAAUGGCUAUUACGGAAAAUGGUAAAAUGUUUCCACUGGUCGUUACUAUACACUAGAGAAGAACCGGACUAGAUCUGACAGAAUUUCAACACCGUUGCACAGUUCCCACUUCUGCUCAACUACAGGGUCAUGUUAGACAAUUGGCAAUAGGAUUAGCAUUCCACAUCUAUUUCUGCUUCCAAGGGCUUACUAAAAAAACAAUAAACUUUUUAUAGAAAA